AUGGCUAAAAUCAGACCAAAAUCCAGGAAGCUGAGUGCAAUCUACAGGUGCCAGCCAGGUCGGCUCUGGAUCUCCUUCAGCCUCCUCGUCCUCCUCCUGGUCACACUUCAGGUUGUGGAGAAGCUGCAGCCUCUUGGGAGCUGUCAGUGUGAGCUGGAGCAGGACCUGCAGCAGACCACGGGCCAUGAGCUCAGCUCUGCCCUGCACAGCCCUGACCUGCUGUGGGAGGAUGACUCCCCUCAGGGGCAGGGGGAAACUGAGCCAGCCCCUGCCUCCACCGAGGAUGUUUUCAGGAUGCACCUCUACCUCAGACAGGAGACCCCUCCAGACAGCAGCCAGGAAGAGAGCUGGAUGCAGCAGCCUGGGGAGAGCAGUGAGAAGGCAGAGGAUUCUUACAAAACAGACCUGCAGACAGGAUUUCUCCCAAGCUGGACAGAAGCCUUUAAGAUCGAGGAGGUAACAGCUGGAGAAGUCCGGCAGGCCAGAGGAGUCACCUCUCAAGGGAAGACGUGCAAGCCCAAGACUGACAUUGUUUUCCUGAAGGUCCACAAGAGCGCCAGCAGCACGGUCAUGAACAUCCUGUUUCGCUUUGGGGAGAUGCACAACCUCACCUUCGCCUUCCCCAAGGGUGGGGGCUUCCAGCUCUACUACCCCCACCACUUCCUGGCCAAGUUCGUGCAGGGCUUCUCCCCUCUGAGCCCCCGGCGCUUCAACAUCCUCUGCCACCACAUGCGCUUCCUGCAGCCGGAGGUACAGAAAGUGGUGCCCAACUCCGCCAUCUACUUCUCCAUCCUGAGGAACCCCGUGCAGCUGAUGGAGUCCUCCUUCGUGUACUACAAGGGCGCCUCGGCCUUCUCGCAUGUCCGCAGCCUGGAGGAGUUCCUCAGCCAGCCCUGGCGCUACUACGACCCCGCCAGGGGCGACCGCCACUACGCCAGGAACCUCAUGACCUUCGACUUCGGCUUCAACCCCGACGGGGACGCGUCCCCCGAACGGGUGCAGCUCAUGCUGAAGGCCAUCGAGGCGUCCUUCGACUUCCUGCUCAUCUCCGAGUACUUCGACGAGUCCAUGGUGCUGCUGAAGGAGAUGCUGUGCUGGGACCUGGACAGCGUCGUCUCCUUCCCGCUCAACAGCAGGGACAGCAGCACCAAGUCCCCGCUCCCUGACUCCGUCGUGGAGAAGCUGAAAGCCUGGAACAGGCUGGACUGGGAGAUCUACACGCACUUUAACAGGACCUUCUGGGAAAGGCUCGACCGCCUCAUCGGCCGGGAGCGGCUGCGGCGGGAGGUGAGGGCGCUGCGGCAGCGGCAGGCGGAGCUGGCCCGGGCCUGCCUGCAGGGCACGGGCAGCGUGGGCCCCAAGGAUAUCAAGGACAGCUCCCUGCGGCCGCUGCAGCACGGCGGGGCCCGGAUCCUGGGCUAUAACCUCAAGCAGGGCUUGCCUCGGGAGCUGGAGCGGACCUGCCGGCGGCUGGUCACGCCGGAGCUGCAGUACAGCAGCCUGCUCUACAAGAAGCAGUUCCCGCCGCCGCCGCCCCCCGAGAGCCCCCGACCCGCUGCCUCACCGGCCGGAGCCCACCCGAAACUGAGAGCCCCCGGCCCGCUGCCUCCCCAGCUCCAUCCUCCGCAGCGGCCGGAGCCCAGCCGAAACUGAGCCCUCCUGGACCCUGGGGCAUCCUUCCCCAUCUGCUCCGGACAGCGAGGCUCGGCCCUCGGGCAUCCUUCUCAAUUUCCUGAGGACACCGGGGCUCGGCCCUCUGUCCGUGCCCCGCUGCUGGGCACAAGCUCCGGACAGCCGCAGAGGGGGUUCCAGGGGCUGGACAGGACAUUUCCAGAGGGAAAUCCCCUCAGACAGCAGCUGGAGCCUCAGGACAGCACCGGCUCCAGCAGCAAGGAGCAGGUCCAGGAGGGCAGCCCAAAUCAUCAGCCCCGCAGUGGGGUGGGACAGAACAGGGUCAAGCUGUACAUCAGAGCUGCAGGCAAAAGAUCCCAAAAAAUCCCAGUGGGAUUGGCUCUCCCAAAAAAUCCCAGCAGGAUUUAUUCUCUCAAAAAAUCCCAGCAGGAUUGACUCUCCCAAAAAGUCCCAAAAGGUUUGAUUUACAGCAUGGGAACGAGUCUGACUGUCUGUGCAGCUGCACCUCGUCCCUGCCCCGUUGAUGUUACCGUGCUGGAAAAGCAGCCUCUUAAUUAAAAAUAACAACAGUCACUGUCACUCCUUAAAUUCCUCCUACUUAUGUCAGUCUGCUCAGUAGAUGACCUCCCCAAAAGCCCCAGAAGCACAUCCCAAAUAUUUGAAUGUGUCCUAAUAUGUCCUGAAAAGUGGGAAAAAAAAAAAAAAAAAAAGAGGUUCUGAAAAAAUUGCCCAGGGGGAUCUGAGCAUCCCAGGUUGUCCCUGGGGCAGAUACAAAGAGUCUCAAAGGUUUCAGCUUCUACCCAAAGGUCUCCUGCUCAGUUUAACCAGGAAAAAUCCAGACUGUGCUCCCAGAGCCCUUCCUGGGGCAGUGCCAGGCAUCCAGCCAGGCACAGGGAGAGGGCACAGUUUGGGGAUUUUGCUCCAUGGCUUUGGGGUGUUCCAUAAAGUUUCACCUCUGGGGCACAUCUGUGCAUGGCUGUGUUGGUCCCUUCCCUCGUUUCUCCUGUUGGGAUGUGGUGUCAGAGGUCUGGGGUUCCUGCAGGUGCCUCCAGAGGGCAAUCCCAGAGGAAAUCACCUGGGAUGGGCAGCCCAGAGGCCCAGCAGCACCCUGGGGAUGUCUCCCCAUGGACACAGCAGAGGGGAGGGAGCAGCAGGGCUGGACACUGGGUACCAAACCUGCAUCUGACACCUCCACUCCAGGUUUUCACUGGGUGUCACUUGCUUAUUCCCUGUUUGCACCUCAGGAAAUAGGAGCAGGUCAUUCCUGUCAGGAGCUCUGAUCCAGGGCAGAGAUCCUGGACCAGCCAGAGCAUCCCAAUGUCCCUGUGCUGUCACCCAGGGUGCAGCUCCCAUGGGGUGCCCUGGCCCCAGCACAGCCCGGGGGGAUCCCCAUUUCCAGGAGGUGUUUCCACCUUUCCAGAGCAGGCAGCAGGCAGGGCAGAGGUGG